GGAUGAAAAUGAAAGGUUCCCUUCCGGCCUCAUAUAUACAUGCAUUGACGGAACUGUACAUAAUGCACCGUGCAUUGGCAUCAACAGUCGCCGGAGCUGUACCUAGUCGGUGCCCAAAUAAAUACAUAGUAUCGCUUGGUCUCACUCACCUCUACUGCAAGCUAGCCUUAGGACCUUAAUUAGGUUAGCUUAAGUGCUUAAUUUGAUGGAGUGAGUGAGUGAGUGAGUAUAUAUGCAGCUGCGGGCGGUAAAAAAAAAAACUGUUGCUUGGAUGAUGAUUUGUGUAUGACUAUGUGUAUGUCCAUCGGCAUCGACGGCUUGCUUGCUUGCUCCAACGCCAACUACAGGGGGGCGGGGGUGUUGGGUAGCUAGCUAGCCAGAUAGUGAUAGAGCGAGCUGCUAGUGGAAAGUAGAAAGAGCGAGCGCACCACAAUGGACAGCAUGGAGGACGCCGUCUCCGGCACUGCAGCCCAGGGCGACCUCGCCGAGGUUGUGGCCCGCGCAGGUGCAAUGGCCGCCGCGGCGAGUCACCACCACCACCGGCGGCCACCCUCUCCCGCAGCAGCAGAUCACGGCCACAUCGUGUCUGCUGCAAGGGCCACCGCCAGAUCACAGAUCAUGCUCGUCCCUGCUGCUGCUUGCUACGACGACGAGACACGGCCUGCUGCUGCUUGCGGCGACGCGGUGAUGUUCGACGCGCCGUCGUCGUCGAUGGCCGCCGCCGUCGGUCCAUACCACCACCUGUCGUCUUCGUCUGCGGCGCUGGCACCGGCGCACGGCGGGUACUGGCUGCCGCCGCAACAGAUCUCCCAGGAGCACGCCCGCGACGGCGGCCUCGACGAGCCGCCCGUGGUGACGAGGAUCUCGCCAGUGACGACUCCACCGCCGCCUUCUCAUCAUCAUCAAAUCAUGAACAGCAGAAAGAAUGAGGUGAAGAAGGUGGUGUGCAUCCCGGCGCUACCACCUCCGGCGAGCAGCCGCCCAGGAGGAGGAGAGGUGAUUCCGUCUGAUCUUUGGGCGUGGAGGAAAUACGGCCAGAAGCCUAUCAAGGGUUCGCCUUACCCAAGAGGUUACUACAGAUGCAGCAGCUCAAAGGGAUGUAUGGCAAGGAAGCAAGUAGAGCGCAGUCGCAGCGACCCCAACAUGCUCGUGAUCACCUACACGGCAGAACACAACCACCCUUGGCCAAUGCAACGCAAUGUGCUCGCUGGCUACUCCCGGCCUCACACUGCUACUCACAUGUCGUCCAACUGCAAGAAGAAGAAGAACAGCUGCAGCGUUGAACCGACGAGUUCAUGGCCAACAACAACAACAUCAUCACCAUCAUCAAAGAACGGCAACUACGAGUGUCAGCAAAUGACAAACAUGACGAUGGAAGAAAAUGCAGCAGCAGGGUAUGUUGCCUACGCCAUCGAUGACGAGGAGUGUGCCGCGAUGCAUCAGCCGAUCAAUUGCGGUAGCGUGCAACCUUCAGCAGAUGAGGUUUUCGCAGAGCUAGAGGAAUUGGAGCCUACGACUAGUCCUGUGAAUGCAAACAUCUUCUCUAGGGGGGUGACUUAUGAGUGGCACAAGUUCUAAUCUAUCAAGCCCAAGGUCGUAUAAGGAAAGGCUAGCUACCCCAUAUAUAUACAUGGUUCUGAUGAAAAAUAGGUUACAAUUAAUAACGCACAGAUUUUACUUAAUUAAUUGCUGUGACGACAGAUCUUUAUA